AUGGAAACAAUCACCUCCGGACCUGCUCCGGGCUCCACCACACCCUCACCUUACGCCGCUGUUGCCAAUGGAGUCUCUCAGGGGCUCACCGUCGAGCGCGACAACACCGAGUGUCUGAACCUCCUUGCCCACAAGCAAGCUUCCGACUCCGUGAAUCCACUCCCGGCUUUGUGGAUCCCUAGACGGUCAUCGCGGUGUUCACGACUACCACGUCUGAUCUCAGUGGAUAUAGAAGAGUUCGUCUUCAGCUCCCGCUUGUCGAUGCGCUUGUACCGCUUCGCCCUCCAUGAUGCCAUGCACGUAGGCUAUGCCCAGUAUUUCGUAGUGACCGCUUUCCUGCAGUGGUCGAAGUAUCACCGGGAGCUGGCAGCCGAACAGCACAGCGACGACAUCCCCUUUCAGCAUGAAAUGCGGUCCCAGGCCUGGCCGAGCAUCUGCGGUAACGGAGAAGCAGCGAUUAUGGCAGACUUCCAACAUCUUGUAAUGAUACUGUGA